CUCUGUCCGGGCUCACUUUUCUCAUCCGAAUUGAUGCCAGGUAGUCUCUUCGACUUGGAAUAAGCCAAAUCUCUUCAUCUUUCUCAAGUUUUCCGGUUUAGCGAGGGAUUGAGAUGUCUUUGAACAGUGUCGCUGAGCAUAGUGCAACUGUCUUGUAUCUUUCUUUCUGAGCUAACACUUUCAUGCUGAUAUCCCUGUCCGCAAGCAGUCCUUCUGCCCCUAGCCAUGGCUUCUGCUGGUCAAUUCUUAGAUAACCAAAGCCUGAGUGCUCUAGUGAAGACAUUGACCAAUGCACAGCUCAAACACAUACUCAGGAAUGAGGGGCUUGCUGUUUCUGGAUUGAAAGCUUCGUUGCAGCUACGGAUUAUUGACUAUAUAGAGAGGCUCAGCCAAGGAGGGCUUGUUGAACAAUACGACAAUUUGAGGAAAUUCGUCUAUGAUACAGCACGCCGGCCAAUUCCUGGACCCUCUUCAACGCAGUCUGUUCCCGGUCAACAUUACCAGCCGUCUCCAGCCAGUCAGCCUUUACCAACGCAGCAUAGACCGUCUUCAUUAGGCCUAUCAAUGCCGUCGCAUGGCCUUGCUUCUGGCCGCUUGACUUUCAAAGAUAGUCCUUUUUACACAGUCGUGGAGCCAUUGACCUCAACCGCGGAAUGCAAAGUGCGCGAACAAACGAGGGACAGUGUGGAGCUUAAAGUUGUUCUUACACCAGCAGUCGCGUCUAGACUACAAGCUGAUUCAAAUCUUCGAGUGAUGGUCUAUUGUGCCGCAGACACGGGUCUCAACCAAUACACAAAAUCGGAUAUCGCUUUCCCCCAUCAGGUUGAGCUCAAGGCAAACCUUGAUGAGGUGAAAGCCAACUUGAGGGGUUUGAAGAACAAGCCUGGUACAACAAGACCAGCAGAUGUUACCCAGCACAUUCGUAAAAAGCCAGGGUAUCUGAACAACAUUGUCAUGACUUACGCUCUCACUCAGAAGCGGUUUUUUGUUCUCAUGAAUCUUGUUCAGAAACACCCAAUUGAGGAGCUUGUGGCUGAGCUGAAAAAGAGAAAGACAAUAUCGAAGGAGCAGGUGCUGCGGGAAAUGAGAAAUAAAGCGGACGACUCGGAUAUUGUUGCAACGUCCAGUGUCCUGUCACUCAAGUGCCCCUUAUCAACACUUCGGAUAAAGGUUCCUUGUCGCUCAGUUAUAUGCACGCAUAAUCAAUGCUUUGACGCAUCCUCGUUCUUGCAGCUUCAAGAACAAGCACCAACCUGGUCCUGUCCUGUUUGUUCCAAAGCGACCAGUUUCGAAUCAUUGCAGAUUGAUCAGUAUGUCGAUGAUAUACUUCGUUUAACCUCGUUAGACGUUGAGCAAGUCAUUGUAGAGCCGGAUGGUCGUUGGUCUAACCCUAAUUACGAAGACUCUGCGAAGGCAGGCGGGUUUACACCGGCAGCAGAUGAUGACGACGAACUGAUAGAGAUAAAGGAGCCAGGAGUUACGCCUAUCAAACAAGAGAGUCUCUCCGCUCCAACUUUCUCUGUGCAGCGGACACCUACUCAGUCACGAGAGCCCUCAGCAACAUCAUCUGCAGCGCACAUCUCGACAAAUAAACGCACUGCCGCCCAGGUCAUCGAUCUUACUGGAAGUGAUGAGGACGAUGAUAUCCCGAUUAGAUCUGCAAAGCGGCCAGCUUUGAAUUCGAUAAGCCGACCCUCACCUCGGCCGGAAUUCUGCAAUCCAUAUAGUGGUGGCUACCUGGAUGGGGGAAGCAUUCCGCUAUCAAGCCAUCCGAGCUCUGAAUAUACGAGUCAGAAUGAUGGCUAUGAUGCAUUGAAUUAUUGAAGCAUAGUAAUCGCACGGUGUUGGGCGCAUUCGGUUUCGGGGUCUGAGUAAGUUAGUACUUACUUACUGGACAGGUUCAUUGGCUGCAUUGGAAAAGGAUGUAUGUAUUUGUGAUUUCUUCUUAAAUGGCUGGAGCGUGUAAGAUGGUUAAUUGGCAUUCGUGAAAGUAGUCAGGUUCUCGAUAUACCACUUUCACCUUGGUCUCCGCAUUCGCCAGAAGCUCAUGAAACGCGCCUGCCGACUCGGAAGGAUAAAUGUUGUCUACUACGAACUCACACUAGCCAGUCGUAAUUGAAACUGUUGUGGUGAAAUCUGGUGUUAUGAUGAAAGGCAGGAGAGCCAAGAAAGCCGUACUUAGCGCUCGCCCUCCCCUGAUUUGCUGCUACUCGGCAGGCAACUAACUGGAUGCGGGCCAAUGAUGUAGAUAGAAUAGUAGUGCCGACUCGGGGCGGUUUUAUUAGCUCCG